AUGAGUUCUGCCUUCGCAAGGAGUGCUGCCUUCGCAAGGAGUGCUGCCUUCGCAAGGAGUGCUGCCUUCGCAAGGAGUGCAGCCUUCGCAAUGAGAGCUGCCUUUGCAGGGAGUGCUGCCUUCGCAACGGCUGGUGCCUUUGCAAGGUGUGCUGCCUUUGCAAGGAGUGCUGCCUUCGCUAGGAGUGCUGCCCUUCUAAGGAGAGCUGGCUUCGCAAGGAGUGCUGCCAUCGCUAGGAGUGCUGCUUUCGCAAGGAGGGCUGACUUUGCAGGGAGUGCUGCCUUUGCAGGGAGUGCUGCCUUCGCAAGGAGUGCUGCCUUCACAAGGAGUGCUGCCUUCGCAGGGAGUGCUGCAUCCACAAGGAGUGCUGCCUUCGCAAGCAGUGCCGCCUUAGCAAAGAGUGCUGCCUUUGCAAGGAGCGCUGCCAUCGCAAGGACUGUUGCCUUCGCUAGGAGUGCUGCCUUCGCAAGGAGUGCUGCCUUCACAAGGAGUCCUGCCUUCGCAGGGAGUGCUGCCUUCGCAAGGAGUGCUGCCUUCGAAAAAUUGCUGCCUUCGCAAGGAGUGCUGCCUUCCCAAGGAGUGCUGCCUUCCCAAGGAGUGCUGCCUUCCAAGGAGUGCUGCCUUCCCAAGGAGUGCUGCCUUCCCAAGGAGUACUGCCAUCGCAUGGAGUGCUGCCUUCGCAAGGAGUGCUGCCUUCGCAAGGAGUGCUGCCUUCGCAAGGAGUGCUGCCUUCGCAAGGAGUGCUGCCUUUGCAAGGAGUGCUGCGUUCAGAAUGAGUGGUGCCUCCGCAAGGGGUGCUGCCUUCGCAAGGAGUGCUGCCUUUGCAAGGAGUACUGCCUUCGCAAUGUGUGCUGCCUUCGCUAG